UUUAGGCAAAUAAAUGAUCACUUCCAUAUCAAGGGAUGCUCGUAUGUUCUGUAUAAACCUCACGGGAAGAACAAGACAGCUGGAGAAACCGCUGCAGGGGCCCUUGCAAAGCUGACACGUGGACUGAAAGACGAAUCCAUGGCCUACAUCUACCAUUGCCAAAACCAUUAUUUUUGCCCAAUUGGAUUUGAAGCAACCCCAGUAAAAGCUAGUAAAGCCUAUAGGUUGCUGGAUUUGGAGUCGGGAGACCUGGGUUCAGUUCCCAGUUCAACCACAGACUUCCAGUGUGACUUUAGAGGUCGUGUCUUGCAGCAAGAAGUAGAAUAUUGGAUCUUAAUUGGAGAGCCGAGCAGGAAACAUCCAACAAUACACUGUAAAAGGUGGGCAGAUAUUGUCACUGACCUAAACACUCAAAAUCCAGAAUAUCUAGACAUUCGACACCUAGAGAGAGGAUUGCAGCAUCGAAAAACAAAGAAGGUUGGAGGAAAUCUUCAUUGCAUCAUUGCCUUUCAGAGACUGAACUGGCAAAGAUUUGGUCCUUGGAAUUUUCCAUUUGGAAAUGUUAGACAGGAUAAACAAUCCCAAACACAAGGACAAGGAAUUUCCAAAUCUGAGAGUGAAGACAAUAUCUCUAAGAAACAACAUGGACGACUGGGUCGAUCUUUCAGUGCUGGCUUUCAUCAAGAAUCUACAUGGAAAAAAUCUAAUCUUCGUGAGAGGAGGAACAGUGGGUAUCAGAGUUAUAAUGAUUAUGAUGGAAAUGAUUAAAAUUAACUUUAGAUAAUAGAGUUGAUAUAUUAAAGUUAGUUUUAAUCAAGACAUUAUUAGGGAUCUAUUAGUCCUAGAAUACAUAUGAAUAGAAAUUAUGGUAUAAGAUACAGUUUCAUAAUUAUUAAAUAAAUGAUGAUAUGGUUGUAGUGGGUGAGAUCUGAUGUAUAAACUGACUGAUAAGCACAGAUUAUUGUACUUUUGCAACGAAAAGGAAAUAGGACAGCAAAAUCAAUCAUUUCUUUUGAAAUAAUUGUACUAUGUCCUGAUCUGUGAAAACAAAAGAGCAGAUUGAAAUUAGUCAAUGUAAUAAACAGACUUAAUUGAAAAUAGUAUUCAAAAGCAUGAAAAUUUAUGAUACGACUUUAUAAAAAGGGUUAUUCUGCAAAUGGUGUAAGGAUAAAAGUAGACAUUGCCUUCCUUUUUAACACUCCAUUUUGUUAAGGCUGCCCAUAUCCAAUGAAAAGGGAAAAAAAAUCACAGAGGUCAGAGAAUUUGGUCAGAGUGACAAAGUGAAUGUAUAUUCUCCGUUUAGUUCCCAGUAGAAUUCUGUCAGAUAAUCAUAUUUUGUCAAGCAGGUCUCAGUUUCUCUUCCCUUAGCUGAAUGCCUGUUUUAGUCUGAGAGGAGUCACCUGUGGCAGGGAAAGUCCAAGGACAGACCUUCAUUACUGCUUUUGCUCUGUGGGUACAGUGGCUGAAUUCUGACCCUGGAGCCUCUGGAGAGCACAGACUCGCUUAACACAAGCUUGUGAAAUUCAGUAUCAAAAAGCUGCAUUUACCAUUAGCCAAAUGAGCUAACCGAACGCUGCGUUCUGUUGGCAGUCCUUUCCCUUGUUCAGUCUUAAAAACCUCUGUCAUUUUUCUGCUGCUGUUUUAAUUUUGUAUGAAAGGGAUGCAAGUGCUGAAAACUGCUGGCAGCCCUGAUGAUAUACCUCUCGGCCAGCAAACAAUUCAAGCUUUUUCAAGUGUCCGUGUGCAGUCUCUUUUUCUUCACCCUCCGGCCCCUCCCUAAUUUGAAAUUUGUCCAGUUGUUUGCCCAGACACAUCUCAAUAGUUGUAACUUUCUGCAUACAAAUGUUCAUACCUGCUCAAAGAUUAAUUUUUUUGACAUAAAAAGAUUUGUCAUGGAAUGCAGGGGUUUUGUAGGUUGCUGCUUUUGUUAACCAAAAAUGGGAGACUUUUAGACUUUUGUUCAUUCAAUAAAAUUUGUUUUCUAUUU